CACUCGAAACUCCCCAUGCCACUGAUGAUUUCUUUCCCUCCCCCCGCAGGCUCACGUUCUCGCCGCUCCCGAGUCCGGUUUCGCAGCCGCCGUCCCGAAGCAGCCGCGCACUUCCCAAAAAGUAGCUCCAUGCCUCCGCCCCUCGGUUACCGCAGCGCUGCGGCCCCUUUAACGCCGGCGCGGGGAGGGCGGUGGGGUCGGGCUGCGCCUGCGCGUUGUGGGGGCGGCUCGGGACGCGGGUUCGAGUCCCGGUCCCGCCGGCCUGCUCGCUCCUCCCCGAGCCGCAGCUCGGCCAUGGACGCGGCGCCGGAGGAGUGCCUCGCGGGAGCGGUGGCUGAGCCGGACGGCCUGCCCUGCUCGGAGCCGCCUGCGCCCCGCCUGAGCGCGGCGGAGCUCGACCGCGAACUGGACUCCCGCAGCGAGCCGAUCGAUGACAAGGAGUUCGACAUCCCUCAAGUCGAUACCCCCCCAACGCUGGAGAGCAUCCUGAACGAGACUGAUGAUGAAGAAGAGUCUUUCAUUUUGGAAGAUCCCUUUCUCUUGAACAUUGAUAACACGGAUACACACUCCUAUGACACAUCUUCUGUAGCAAGCUCUGACAGUGGGGACAGGACACACCUGAAAAGGAAGAAAAAACUCCCAGAUUCUCUCUCUCUCCAUGGAUCGGUUAUAAGACUCUCACUUCUGAAAGGAAUUUCUGCCCAAAUUGUAUCUGCAGCAGACAAAGUGGAUGCUGGUUUGCCUACUGCAAUAGCAGCAUCAAACCUGAUAGCAGUGGGGACUUCCCAUGGGCUAGCGCUGAUUUUUGAUCAAAACCAGGCUCUUCGGCUGUGUCUGGGCAGCACUGCUGUUGGGGCCCAGUAUGGGGCUAUCUCUGCUCUCAGCAUCAACAAUGACUGCUCAAGGCUCCUGUGUGGCUUUGCAAAAGGACAGAUCACAAUGUGGGAUCUGGCCAGUGGGAAGCUGCUACGAUCAAUAACAGAUGCUCACCCCCCAGGAACAGCCAUUUUGCACAUUAAGUUUACAGAUGACCCAACACUUGCAAUUUGCAAUGACAGCGGAGGCUCCGUAUUUGAACUCUCAUUUAAGAGGGUUAUGGGAGUGAGAACAUGUGAAUCUCGAUGUCUCUUCAGUGGCUCAAAGGGGGAGGUUUGUUGUAUUGAACCAUUACAUGCAAAAGUUGAGCUGAGAGACCAUCCUAUCACCCAGUACUCACUGCUGGCCAUGGCCUCACUAACAAAGAUACUGGUUAUUGGCCUGAAGCCAUCUUUGAAAGUGUGGAUGACCUUUCCCUAUGGUCGUAUGGACCCUUCUAGUGUCCCUCUCCUGGCGUGGCACUUCGUGGCUGUGCAGAACUCAGUGAACCCCAUGCUUGCGUUUUGUAGAGGUGAUGUUGUUCAUUUUCUUCUGGUAAAAAGAGAUGAUACUGGUGCAAUACAUGUCACUAAGCAAAAGCAGCUCCAUCUACACUAUGACCUCAUCAACUUUACUUGGAUAAACUCACGAACAGCAGUGCUUCUGGACAGUGUGGAGAAGCUGCAUGUCAUAGAUCGUCAGACACAGGAGGAGUUGGAGACCAUAGAGAUUCCAGAAGUUCAGCUGGUCUACAACAGCAGCCACUUCAAGUCGCUGGCUACGGGAGGCAAUGUCAGUGAAGCACUGGCACUGGUUGGAGAGAAAGCUUGCUAUCAGUCCAUCAGCAGCUGUGGUGGCCAGAUCUUUUACCUGGGAACUAAGUCAGUUCAUGUCAUGACGUUGAGGAGCUGGAGAGAGAGAAUUGAUCACCUUCUGAAACAAGAGCGUCUCACUGAUGCCCUGGCUCUUGCUUGGUCCUUUUAUGAAGGCUUGUCCGGGGACACGAGCAAGCGGAAAGCAGUAAUUGCAGACAGAAUGGUUGAGAUCCUUCUCCAUUAUGCUGAUCGGACUUUGAAGAAGUGCCCUGACCAAGGAAAAAUCCAGGUUAUGGAGCAACACUUUCAGGAUGUGGUGCCUGUCAUAGUUGAUUACUGCCUCCUGCUCCAGCGCACGGAUCUAUUAUUUAACCAGAUCUAUGAUAAGAUGAGUGAGAAUUCUGUAGCCAAAGGAAUCUUCCUGGAGUGCUUGGAGCCAUAUAUCUUAAGUGAUAAGCUGAUGGGAAUCACAGCUCAAGUGAUGAAAGACUUGCUCCUUCACUUCCAAGACAAGAACAGGUUGGAAAAUAUGGAAGCCUGCAUCGUGCAUAUGGAUAUCACCAGCCUGGACAUACAGCAGGUGGUCCUUCUGUGCUGGGAAAACCAUCUCUAUGAUGCAAUGAUCUACGUCUACAACAGUGGAAUGAAUGACUUCAUCAGUCCCAUGGAGAAGCUGUUCAAAGUCAUUGCUCCUCCACUGAAUGCUGGGAAGUCUCUCACAGAUGAGCAAGUGGUAAUGGGCAACAAGCUGCUUGUGUAUAUAAGCUGCUGCUUGGCAGGCCGUGCAUAUCCUUUGGGUGAUAUUCCUGAAGAUCUGGUACCUCUGGUUAAAAAUCAGAUCUUUGAGUUUCUCAUCCGGCUGCAUUCAACGGAGGGAUCCGUGGAUGAGGAGGUCUACCCUCACAUUCGUACCUUGCUGCACUUCGACACUCGGGAAUUCCUUAAUGUUCUUGCUUUGACUUUUGAAGACUUUAAGAAUGACAAGCAAGCUGUGGAAUAUCAACAGCGAAUUGUGGACAUACUUUUGAAAGUCAUGGUAGAGAAUUCUGACUUCACCCCAUCGCAGGUUGGCUGUCUCUUUACUUUCCUGGCCCGUCAGCUCGCCAAGCCCAACAACACGCUGUUUGUGAACAGAACGCUUUUUGAUCAGGUCCUUGAAUUUCUAUGCAGUCCAGAUGAUGACUCCCGGCAUUCAGAGAGGCAGCAGGUCCUGUUAGAAUUGCUGCAGGCAGGAGGGAUAGUGCAGUUUGAAGAGAGCCGUCUUAUCCAAAUGGCAGAAAAAGCUGAAUUUUAUCAGAUUUGUGAGUUCAUGUAUGAGCGAGAGCUUCGCUAUGACAAAAUCAUUGACUGUUACCUGCGUGAUCCAGUGAGAAAGGAAGAAGUUUUCAACUAUAUUCACAACAUCCUGUCCAUGCCUGGCUACAGUGUUGAAGAAAAGCAGUCAGUGUGGCAGAAAGCUUUGGAACAUAUAGAGGAGUUGCUGCUACUCAGCCCAUGUAAAGCAGCUGACUUGGUGGCCAUCCACUUCAAUGAGCAGAUUGAGAGCAUCAUUGCAAACCUUCAGGACCAGUUCUUACUGUUCCAAUUUCUAAGGAGUCUGCUUGAUCCAAGAGAAGGCAUCAACCAAAACCUGCUGCACCUACCGCCCCACGUCACGGAGCAGUUCAUCGAGCUGCUGUGUCAGCACAGCCCUGACCACGUUCUGGAGACUCUGAAAGUCCUGGAAUACUGCAGGCUGGAGGAAACCAUCCAGAUAACCCAGAAACAUCAGCUCCAUGAAGCUUCCUCAUAUUUACUGGAGAAGAAGGGAGAUAUCCACGGUGCCUUUCUGGUUAUGCUCGAGCGAUUGCAGAGCAAGUUGCUGAUGCUUACACAAGAUGAUGGAGGUUCAGCAGAACUCCCCUUGCUAGAAGCCAUUGAAGAUACCCUAAUGAAAACAAUUGCCCUUUGCCAGAGGAAUUCACACAACUUAAACCAGCAACAGCGAGAGGCCCUCUGGUUUCCCCUGCUGGAGGCUAUGAUGUCCCCACAGAAAUUGUCUGGCUCUUCACAGUACCAAUAUGCUGAAUCCUUGAAGAGUCUGACGAUGCAAGUGCUGAACAACAUGGCUGCAUUUAUUGCUCUUCCUUCAAUCCUGCAGAGAAUUCUACAGGAUCCAGUUUAUGGAAAAGGGAAACUUGGAGAAAUUCAGGGUCUCAUCUUGGGAAUGCUGGACACAUUUAACUACGAACAAACCCUUUUAGAGACGACCACAAAUCUUCUCAACCAUGAUCUCCACUGGUCCCUGUGUAACCUAAGAGCUUCUGUCACUAGAGGGCUUACCCCAAAGCAGGAUUACUGCUGCAUUUGUCUACAGCAGUACAAAAGGAGGCAAGAAAGCGCUGAUGAAAUCAUUGUGUUCAGCUGUGGCCAUUUAUACCAUUCCCUGUGUCUGCUGAGUAAGGAGUGCGGGGCAGUAAGCAAAGACCUGAUGCGGUGGAUGUGCUAUAAAUGCAACUCGAGCAACAAGGGAGGAAAACUGAGCGAGAACUUCUCAGAGCUGAAAAAAGGAAGUGGAACAUCCUUGGCACAGACAGGGUCAGAGUCUGUGUUGGACCCUCAGCAAAUCCAGGCCUUUGACCAACUCUGCCGACUCAACCGUGGGACCUCCCGGUUAGCUCUCCUGACUGAGCUGUCCCACGCCCACGGUGGGGAGAAGCAUGGGCUGCUCAGUGUUUCCCAUGGGGACCCUGCUGCCAGCAGCGUCUUCCAGAAUGAGACCUUCCAGCUGCACCUGGCCCCCCCGCCACUGAUGGAUGACUAGCACUGCUGCCUGCACACCUGCUGCUGGGAUGAUUUCCCAGGACAACACUGGGCUUCUUCCUCCGCCACCAUUCCCAGAACCCUUCAUGCUAUGUGGUCCUGCUGGGUGCUCACAGAUCUGCAGCGGUGGCUGAGCUCCUGGCUGUAUGGCAGCUGAGGGGCAGCAGGACUGGGCAAUGCGAAGUCAGAGGUCAGCCCAAGGUUCUGAAGCGCUGCAGCUGCCUGUACUGACCUGGAAGCUUGCAGCAGCACCUGUAACUGCCAAAUGACUGCCAGUUCCACAGGAGGAGCAUGCCCGGAGUCUUCGUGCUUCAAGGAGCUGUGCUGUUUUUGUGGGUGGAUGCCAUGCCCCAUUGCCUCAUGUCAGUUGUGGAGUUUGAGGGCAAAGAAUGGGAAAACUUGAAAAAGGCUGCAGACUGCAGAAAACUAUCUGUGCGUGAGGAAACUAACUGGCGUAUAGUGUGUUCCUACAAAUCUCCAUUAAAAAGGCCCUUGGUUGAAACUA